UUCGACGGGGAGCUCCUUUUCUACGCGACUAGCUGCGACAGAAGGACUGCCCGUGACCAUUCUGGAAAUCUUGAAGAAGCUCACGAGUAUCAGGGGGAGGCGCCUUCACUCGUCGAGGCGAGAAUGUGGCCAACAAGAAGACAACAGCCGCUUCAGACGCUCUAA